GAUCAUGGCAAUGAACGCUUUCUGUGUUGUGGGCUGGUGGAGUAAAAUACAUGUUCUGUGGCGCCACCUUCUGGUAUAUUUAUGAUCCUUUUCCAUUACUCUGGCCUGACAGCCACUGGAGUUCGAAUCAAUGAUUGUCGAAUACAACGAUCCAAAGUUCACAGCUAAAACAAUGGAUGAGUGAACUGGUUUUCUGCGGUGCUCAAAACGACAGCAAACAUGUUUUUAAAAACGUUAACGAUUCUGGCCCGUGCCUUGUUGCACUGUGUAAACCGGGGUGUCAUCUCACCAAAACAUCGCCAUGUGUUCCCCGUGGGGCUUGGACGAGGACCCUCUCGACUCUACUACGAGACCGCUAAACCAGUGGACCCUUCCCUGGCCGGGGCAUCCUCUACCCGGACAGUGGACCUCCGUAGCGACACAGUGACCAAGCCUGGAGCGGCCAUGCGUCAGGCCAUGGCAGAGGCCGAGGUUGGGGAUGAUGUAUUCGGGGAGGAUCCAACAGUAAAUGAGCUCCAGAAGAUGGCUGCAGAGGUGUUUGGGAUGGAGGCAGCUCUCUAUGUCCCAUCUGGAACCAUGGCAAACCUAAUAGCAGUAAUGGUGCACUGCAGAGAGAGAGGAGAUGAGAUGAUUGUUGGAGAUCUGUCACACCUCCACAUCUACGAGCAGGGAGGGAGUGCUCAGCUGGCUGGUGUCCACUCCACCAUGGUGACCAAUCUACCUGACGGGACCUUUGACCUGGAUCAGCUGGAGUCCAAGAUUCGCCAUGGUUACCCCGACGCCCACUACCCCCGCUCACGCCUGGUGUGUGUGGAGAACACACACAACAUACAGGGAGGCCGUGUGCUGCCCCUACCCUUCCUGCAGGAGGUAAAGGUGUUAGCAGACAGAUAUGGACUGGCUGUACACAUGGACGGAGCAAGAAUGAUGAAUGCAGCCAUUGCCCAGAAAGUCGCCCCAUCUACAAUCCUACAAAACACACACACCGUCAGCGUCUGCCUGUCCAAGGGUCUGGGUGCUCCAGUGGGCACCAUGCUGGCUGGCCCUCAGGACUUCAUUUCCAGGGCGGUGCGUUGUCGUAAAGCCCUGGGCGGAGGGCUGCGCCAGGUGGGAAUUCUGGCAGCCGCUGGCAAGCUGGCAUUGGGGGACAUGAUCAACAGGCUGGAGGAAGACCACCGUCAUGCCAGGACCUUCGCACAGGCUCUGUUGGAGUGCGACCCGCCUCUCUACGAGGUCGACAUGGCUGCUGUGGAAACCAACAUCCUGCGGUUUCGUCUGCGGGAUGCCUCGUUGACCCCAACAGAGUUCUGUGCCCUGAUGGCUGGGGUGGGGGAAGGCGAGCAGGCCGCUAUGGGGCAGGGGGUACGGGUACUCAUGUUCCCCCACAUUGGAGGCUUUGUCAGGGCCGUCUGGCAUCUGGACAUCUCACUGGAGGACACUCAGCUGGCCAUCCAAAAGCUGCAGUUUGUGGCCAGGCAACACUCUCAGCAGAGCCCAGUGAAGCCUCGCAUAGAUUUAACCCUAACAUGGUGAGCUGCUCGUUGGGCCCCCUGAUCAUUGAUCUCUCAUUUAGAGGGAUUCACUUGAAGAACUUUGCAAAGAGUUGAUUUUAAUUUGGAUUAUUUUAUGAAUAAUAUGUAUAUUAAUCAUAACAGCUUUUCAUGAAUGUAAAUACAGGUACUAUACUUUAUUUCGGGAAUAUGUUUCUUAUACAGACUUAUUUCUUAGAGGUAAGUCUUUCUAACUAAGGAACAAAUAAAUUAUGCUAUUGUCAACAAGCA